UGGAGGAGCUGUACACAGGGGGGGCCGCCGACGACCAUGCCUAGGAAAGCUGGGAAUGGACAGCUGCCGCUCCCCCAGGGCUGGGAGGAGGCCAGGGACUACGACGGCAAGGUCUUCUACAUCGACCACAACACCAAGAAGACCAGCUGGAUCGACCCCCGGGACAGGUUAACCAAGCCCCUCUCAUUUGCGGAUUGUGUUGGAGAUGAGCUGCCGUGGGGAUGGGAAGCAGCAUUUGACCCCCAGAUUGGUGUCUACUACAUUGACCACAUCAACAAAACCACACAGAUAGAGGAUCCCAGGAAACAAUGGAGGAGAGAACAAGAGAGAAUGCUAAAAGACUACCUAAUGGUGGCCCAAGAUGCUCUUAACACACAGAAGGAACUAUACCAAGUGAAAGAGAAAAGGCUUGCUCUGGCUCUGGAUGAAUAUGUGAGGUUAAAUGAUGCUUACAAGGAGAAAUCGAGUUCUCGCACUAGCUUAUUUUCAGGAUCUUCAUCGAGCACUAAAUAUGAUCCUGAUAUUCUGAAGGCGGAGAUCUCCACUACACGGUUGCGGGUUAAAAAAUUGAAACGAGAACUCUCACAGAUGAAGCAAGAAUUACUCUACAAAGAACAAGGCUUCGAAACAUUGCAACAAAUUGACCAAAAAAUGUCCGGAGACCAUAGUGGGUAUAAACUCAGUGAGGCCAAAGCUAUUCUAACUGAAAUGAAGUCCAUCAGAAAGGCCAUUAGCUCAGGGGAGAAAGAGAAACAAGAUCUAAUGCAGAGCCUGGCUAAGCUGCAGGAACGGCUUCAUUUGGACCAAAGCUUUGGGAGAUCUGAACCAGACUUAAGGGACAGCUCCAUGAGCUCUCAUUUAUCUCUCUCCAAACAGACCCUGGAUGUCGGGUCACAGACAGGCAUCUCUGGAGACUUUGGGACAAGAAGCAGACCAAAUAUAGCAGAAAAAGUCAGGCUGAGUCUACGCUAUGAAGAGGCCAAAAGAAGCAUGGCCAAUUUAAAAAUUGAGCUGUCCAAGUUAGGCAAUGAGCCUUGGCCUGGGGAAUUGGAUGUUGAGAAAGAGAAACUGAUGCUGAUUAAUGAAAAAGAAGAAUUUUUGAAAGAGCUUCAGUUUGUUACACCGCGAAAACGUACUCAGGGUGAGUUGGAAUACCUGGAAGGCCAAAGGAAGAUUCUAGAGGAAGAGCUGCUGACCGUGAAAAACACACCCAGUCGAGCCCUUGCCGAGAGGCUAAAAUUGGAAGAGAAAAAAAAGGCACUGAUACAAAGACUUGAAGAAACUACAAAAUUAACUACUUAUUUGCAUUCACAGAUUAAAAGUCUCUCUGCCAGUACGUUGUCCAUGUCUUCAGGGAGCAGUCUGGGAUCGUUGGCGUCCAGUCGGGGGUCUCUGAACACAUCUAGCAGAGGGUCACUCAAUUCUCUCAGCUCCACAGAGCUCUAUUAUAACAACCAAGGGGAUCAAGUUCCAGACUUGGAUUAUCAGUAUAAACUGGACUUUCUAUUACAAGAAAAAAGUGGCUACAUUCCUUCUGGACCCAUUACCACCAUUCAUGAAAAUGAGGUGGUGAAGUCUCACGGCCAUCUGGGCUACGGCGACUCCUCAGAAUCCCCGGUGGCGGUUGCGACAGGCCACACUCCAAAAUUGACUGAGCCACCCAAAUCUGUGACAUCCCUCUCCUCUAGAUCUUCCCUCUCCUCCUUGUCCCCUCCUAGUUCUCCUCUAGUUCUGGAAGGUACUUUUUCUUUGUCUGCCCAGGAUCCUCCUCUCCACCAACUCACCACAGACUUUGAAGACUGUGACUUGACUAGCCAUUUUGCAGAUAUUGGCCUUACCGACAACCAGAUGCUGCUGGACUCAGAUGCAAGAGUAGUAUCACAGGCUCUUGUGGAGGACAAAGAUGUGAAUGAAGAUGUUAGGCAGUCUUUAUCGCCAUUAAAUGAAGGAACUACAGGUAUUGAAGAGCCAUUGCAGAGGAGGACAGUCGGCCACUUGCUUGAGGAGAAAACCACUUGUGUGUCCGCUGCUGUGUCUGAUGAGUCCGUGGCUGGAGACAGUGGUGUCUACGAAGCUUCAGUAAAACACCCUGGUGAAAUUGAGGAUGUUCUCUAUUGUGAUGAUGAUGCUUUGAUUUUAGAGACUGCUCAGGUUCGGAUUGGACUCAGAUAUGACCUUGAGAAUUGCAGUUUAAUUGUGAUUGUAGAACAACUCCGAAACUUUCAGAUUUUCUCUUUGUCCCAGAACACAAAAGUGUAUUUUAGGGUAACAAUACUGCCCCCCUCAGCAGACAUCAGUUGUCUCUUUCGCACAAAAGUUCAUCCUGCUGAAGAAUUCAUUUUGUUUAAUGAAAUAUUCAGAGUGUUCAUUUCCCCUGAAGUUUUGCAGCAGAAGACUUUAAGGGUGGAUGCCUGUUUUGUCACCAGAGACCCAUCGGAGGAAUGCCUGGCAGGAACUCAGAUCAGCCUAGCAGAUUUUCCGAUUGCAGGUGAUUUUUUCACUUUGUGGUAUAAUUUGCUACCAUUCAAGGAAAUUCCUGGCAAAAAAAAUAAAGAGGAGAUUGUGUUUCAACGGAACCAGCCUCCACUGAUCUCCUUAGACCUGGACACUGUGGCAGCUUUGCUAGAAAGGACAUCAUCUGAUUUACAGUGUGAAGAACAAGACACAUCCCAAGAAGAGGAGGAAGAAGAGGAAGAACUCGAGCAAAAACAAGAACCACAAAGUCUCAAUGAAUACUGGUUAAAAAUGGUAUCUGGGACGUCUGAUGAGCUCAUGGCCAAGGAUGAAGUAGAAGCAAAGCUAUUAGAAGGGAGUGACUCUUCAGAAGACCUCAUUUUAGGCACGAAUGUGUCUGAGGCGAGUGAGGAAGAGAGCAGGAAAGAGACCGACCAUGCCAAAGACCCUGUGAUGAAUCAUCUCCAUCCUGUAUCGCCCAUCCUGGUUAAUAAAGAGACAAAUACUGAGGAAGCAUUUCAUGAAAACGUGGCCGUCCGACCCAAGGACCGUUCCAGCCUGAGCUCUCAGCAGCCUCCCUUUGUCAGAAACAGCAUGAUUGUGCGCUCCCAAACCUUUUCUCCAGGAGAGCGGAACCACUACAUCUGUAGGCUAAAUCGGAGUGACAGUGACAGUUCAACAUUGGCUCGAAAAUCGCUCUUUGUAAGAAAUGCUAUGGAACGCCGUAGCUUGAGGGUCAAGAGGACUGUUUGCCCACCAGUCCAUAGAAGAUCAAUACGAGAACACCCCCCACGCACAUCUCUUGACUUAGAGUUGGACCUUCAGGCUUCCUUGACCCGGCAGAGCCGCUUGAAUGAUGAAUUGCAGGCUCUACGGCAUUUGCAGCAGAAACUGGAGGACAUGAAAGCCCUGGGAGAGGUGACUCUUUCUGCUUCUCUACUCAAGGAUGAGAGGUUUCAGAAGCUCUUGAAACAAGCAGAAAAACAGGCUGAACAAUCCAAGGAAGAACAGAAGCAGGAUUUGAAUGCUGAGAAACUGAUGAGGAAGGUCUCCAAGGAUGUGUGUCGGCUUCGGGAGCAGAGCCAGAAAGUGCCUCUCCAGGUGCAAUCAUUCAGGGAGAAGAUCGCCUAUUUUACUAGAGCAAAGAUUAGCAUCCCAUCCUUGCCAGCCGAUGAUGUGUAAAUUACCUGUUUUGAAUCAUUCUCCCACUUGCCUCACUCAGUGGCAGGUGAAGGGAGGUGACCUUUUUUGGGGGGUGGGGGGUAACCAACUCUUUUAUCUUGUAUCAGACUAUGGAUGUGUUUAUUUGUAAAAUACCAUGAAUUUAAUUGUAUGUUUAAAAAAAAAAAGAAAAAAAAUUGAAUGUCCAAAGUGGAAUUAUUCUGAUGCACAGAUGUUGUACAGUAUAUAUGUGCAUUGCAUGUGGACUUUUAUUUUGUAAAGAUGGAGUAGAGGCAAGUACCCAGUGUGUACCCUGUUGAACUGCACUGUCGAGAAAUAACUGUAUUAAGAAUUCUCUCUUCCCCUGUUUCCAUGUGAGUAGACUGUGAAGAUGGCAAUUGUGCCAUGUCAUAUUUUUAUACAAGAAGAGUGUAACUCUUUGAAGUCAAACAUGUCUAAUAAGCUUCCUUCCAGAGCUACAAGGCCAUCCCAAACAGGUGCUGGGUCAAUUUCGAUCUCUUAUAAUGGAAUAAUACUUCGUUUCCUGAAAGCAGUUUGGGGUUGGUUUUUUGG